AUGUCUAUUUUUGUUCUCUCCUCAGUUAAGAACCACCCGUUUGGCAGCGAGUUUGACAGUUCUUAUGACGAGACGGAGAAGGACACCAUUCUGAAACUUCUCCUCAACCUUCACGACCACCUGGCUCAUAUUGCUGGCCAACAUGACUGUACCGCCCCGGAGCAGCAGCAGGCCAACAGGAGCCUGUCUCUGAAGGAGGCCUCGGACUAUCUCCUGCAGCAGAGUGAACAGUACCGUCACUGGGUUCUCCUCGCUCUGGAGUGGAUCAUACGGACGGGGGAGGACGUUGGCAUACGGCUGAUCGGGGAUAACCCAGAGGAGGCAGUAGCGGAGGUGAGUGAGGUGACUCGUCUGGAGUCGACCCACCCCAAGAUGUCCUUCUCCUGCCGCUUCAGAAGAGCCUUCUUUACAGUCAUCCACAGGGUGCUGCUCGUCCUAACAGUGAUUGGUCUGGUGUGGGGUGUAUUCUACUACAUGAAGUAUCGUUGGAGGAGCGAGGAAGAGGAGACCAGGCAGAUGUAUGACAUGGUGGAGAGAAUCAUCGGUGUUCUGAGGAUCCACAAUGCAUCAUGUCAGGAGAACAAUGACCUCCAGCCCUACCUGCCCAUUCCUCAUGUCAGAGACUCCCUGGUCCAACCCCAGGACAGAAAGAAGCUGAAGAAGGUCUGGGACCGGGCUGUGACCUUCCUCUCAGCCAAUGAGAGCCGUAUCAGGACAGAGUCUCAGCGGAUUGGCGGAGCCGACUUCCUGGUGUGGAGGUGGCUCCAGCCCUCUCUGAGCUGCGACCAGAUCUCACUCAUCCCCUCCAAAGUCUGGCAGGGCAAAGCGUUUCCUCUGGACAGGAGGAACUCUCCUCCCAACAGUUUAACACCGUGUCUGAAGAUCAGAAACAUGUUUGAUCCAGUCAUGGAGGUUGGUGAAAACUGGCAUCUGGCCAUCCACGAGGCCAUCUUGGAGAAGUGUUGUGACAACGACGGCAUCGUCCACAUCGCUGUCGACAAGAACUCCAGAGAGGGCUGCGUCUAUGUGAAGUGUCUGUCAGCAGAACACUCAGGGAAAGCCUUCAAGGCGCUACAUGGCUCCUGGUUCGAUGGUAAGCUGGUGACGGUGAAGUACCUGCGUCUGGACCGUUACCACCAGCGGUUCCCUCAGGCCCAGGGCUGUACCACCUCCCUGAAGCCCUCCAACACCUACAUGAACACCAUGUCCAGACUACGUCACCACACCAGCCCUGACAGCAGCUCUAACACGAACUCUCUAGGCUUCUCCUGAGGGGGGGGUGCAGAUACCCCGGCCUCCUCUCUCCCUCAACCCCACCACACCAGCCCUGACGCUAACUCUCUAGGCUUCUCCUGAGGGGGGGGGGGGGUGCAGAUACCCCGGCCUCCUCUCUCCCUCAACCCCACCACACCAGCCCUGACGCUAACUCUCUAGGCUUCUCCUGAGG